UAAUUAAACAAAAAAAUAAAUAAAUAAAACAAAUAAUAAUAAAUGAAUAAAAUAAAAAGGAAUUAAAUUCCUCACCACAUCUUCGAUUUCUGUAACAUCCCAUUUCCAAAAACAUUCCGUUUCAGCUUCAACGAAGAAGACGAAGUAGUAGAAGAAGAAGAAGAAUCACAAUCACUCUUAUUGAGGAAGUUAGAUUCUCAAUCUCACUGUUUAAUCUCGCCGGAAAAAUUAUGGCUCGGCCUUCGUCGGCGUCUGCAACGACAGCAAUCAGACCGGAAGAUUAUUCUCACAGUCCAGUUCAUUACGCCGUCGUUUUGGGAGAUCACGGUGCACUGACUCGUCUUCUCUCUUCCUUGCCGAAGUUAGGAGAUCCAGAACAGAUCCGAACAGAAUCUGACUCACUGAGUCAAGAACGAGUUGCGGAUCAGAUCUCCGCCGUGCUUGACCGUCGCGACGUUCCUUCGCGCGAAACGCCUCUCCAUUUGGCGGUUAGACUUGAUGAUUUGUUCGCGGCGAGAGCGAUUUCGUCAGCCGGAGGUGAUAUUUCGCUUCAGAACGCUUCUGGAUGGAAUCCGUUACAGGAAGCGUUUUGUCGCCGGAAUUCUGAGGUUAUGAAAGUGCUUUUACGGCAUCACCACCGUUUAGCUUGGUGUAAAUGGCGGCGGAGAUUACCUCGUUUAAUCGCUGUUCUUCGUCGUAUGAGAGAUUUUUACAUGGAGAUCUCUUUCCACUUCGAGAGCUCUGUGAUUCCGUUCGUCGGGAAAAUCGCUCCCUCUGAUACUUACAAGAUCUGGAAACGCGACGGUAACCUCCGUGCUGAUACUACUUUAGCUGGAUUUGAUGGUUUGAAAAUUCAAAGAGCAGAUCAAAGCUUUUUGUUCCUUGGUGAUGGUGACGAAUCUCUAGAUAUUGCUCCUGGAUCUUUGCUUGUACUGAAUCGAGACGAUCGGAAAAUUCUCGACGCUUUUGAAAGUGCCGGAGCUCCGAUUAGUGACUCCGAUAUCGCCGGAUUCUGUUCUCAGUCUAGCUUGUAUCGUCCGGGAAUGGAUGUUACUAAAGCAGAGCUCGUCGGACGAACAAAUUGGCGACGGCAAGAGAAGAUGGAGAACGUCGGAGAAUGGAAAGCUAGGGUUUAUGAAAUCCAGAAAGUGACAUUUAGCUUCAGAUCUCGGAAAAUUGUUACCGGAGAUGGAAGCGAACAAGUCUUACCGUUGGAGUUAGACGAAGACGAUGAAGGAUUCUUAGUAGCUGAGAAUCCGAGUUUUUUAGCUCCUCCGCCACGGUCACAGAGACGACACAGUAGCUUCGUUAAAGAAGAUAGAGAUUGGAUCUCCGUUGGGAGAAAAAGCGUCGACGUUUAUCCAUCCGCCGCACCACCACCGCCGCAGCAAUCUCAAUCACCGAGAAGAUCAGUGUCUCAAUUUCAACCACCGAGAAGAUCAGUAGCUCAAUACCAGCCACCGAGAAGAUCAGUGGCUGUACCUUCAACGGUGUCUCCGGUGAAUCCUCCGCCGUCUCCUCAUAUUAAAGAGAAGGAAUUCGUUAAGAGCUUGCAUCCGUCAGUGUGGUUAACGGAACAGUUUCCGUUAAAAACGGAGGAGCUGCUUCCGUUACUUGAUAUUUUAGCUAAUAAAGUCAAAGCCGUCGCCAGAAUGCGUGAUCUUCUCACCACCAAGUUCCCGCCGGGAACUUUUCCAGUCAAGCUGUCUAUUCCGGUGGUCCCUACGGUCAAAGUAGUCAUCACAUUCACCAAGUUCGUCGAGCUUCCCCCGGCGGAGACAUUCUACACGCCGCUCUCAAGCCCAAGAUUCCUCUACUCUGCCGCUGCCGAAGAAGACCAAUCCGAUGGCGAAAAACCUGAUGCUCGUAAUUCGAUUUCACGGCCAUCUACGUGGCUGCGACUAGCCACCGGAAAAGGCUCACAUCGACGGAUAGAGGAGGAGGAGCAACAAACGCCGGACCCAUUUGCUAUACCAAUUGGGUAUAAAUGGACAAGCAUGAGUAGUAAUAAUAAUAAGUCAGGUAAUAAUAGUAAAAUGAAGAAAUCGAAGUCUACUAAGAGAUCUAAGUAGUAUCCUCUUUGAGGAAUUAAAGAUAUAAAUCUAGUUUUUUUUUUAGUGUAGAUAAUCUGAUAUUAGUAAUAUACAGAGAAACUAUUGAUGAAACUGGUUGUAGUAUUUUUUUACUAUACAUUUUAUUUUUUUCAUAUGAUUAAAUGCUGUCAUUUUUUCA